AUAGUUUUAUUUGUAUUUAUUUGUUAAAUAAUUGUUUUUGACCAGGAAGUUAGAAAUGAAUUGUAAUGGCCAUAGGCCUAUUAGUCCAUUUCGAGAUUCAGACUAUUCAUUUUUAGUGAAACGACGUUAUGCAUGAACACACCCUCACACUUACUCAGCAAGGAAGUCAUUUGCGACGAGCAGUUUCUGCUAAAACGAAACUAAGUGUGAACUGUCGCUUCUCCAGUUUUGUGAAGUGAUUCAGAGGACCUUAGGAGAAUGGCGGAGGCUACUCCAUAUAACCAGGACCUUUUCACAUGUCCGAUUUGUUUGGAUCUACUGAAGGAUCCAGUGACUAUUCUCUGUGGACACAGUUACUGUAUGGGCUGCAUUAAGGGCUGCUGGGAUCAGGAAGAUCAGAAGGGAGUUUACAGCUGCCCCCAGUGCAGACAGACUUUCUCUCCAAGACCCGUUUUAAACAAAAAUAAUAUCUUUGCUGAGCUUGUGGAGCAGACCAGGAAGAGCAGAAUCCAUACUCCUUCUCUUGCUCACGGUUUUGCUGGACCUGGAGAUGUAGAGUGUGACGUCUGUACUGGGAGAAAACUCAAAGCUGUCAAGUCCUGUCUGGAUUGUCUGGUGUCUUACUGUGAAACUCACUUCAAAGCCCACAAUGACCUGACCCCAGGAAGAAAACACUCAGUGACUGAAGCCACUGGCCAGCUACAGGAGAGGAUCUGCUCUCGACAUAAGAAGAUUUUUGAAAUAUUUUGUCGAACCGAUCAGAGUUGUAUCUGCUAUCUGUGCACGAUGGACGAACAUAAAGGCCAUGACACAGUCACAGCUGCAGCAGAAGGGACUGACAAACAGAAGCAGUGCAGGGAGACCCAGAGUCAAAUCCAGCAGAGAAUCCAGGAGAGAGAGAAGGAGCUGCAGAAGCUGAGGAAGGCUGUGGAGACUCUCAAGAGCUCUGCACAGACAGCAGUGGAGGACAGUGAGAAGAUCUUUACUGAGAUGAUCCGCUCCAUUGAGAGAAGGUGCUCUGAGGUGAAAGAGCUGAUCAGAGCUCAGGAGAAGGCUGAGGUGAGUCGGGCUGAAGGACUCCUGAAGCGACUGGAGCAGGAGAUUGCUGAGCUGAAGAGGAGAGAUGCUGAGCUGGAGCAGCUUUCACACACAGAGGAUCACAUCCAUUUCCUCAAGUCUUUCCAGUCCGUCAGUAAGCCAUGUCAGUCUAAAGACUUAUCCUGCAUCUCUGUGAACCAAGGUGUCUCUUUUGAGGCUGUGAAGAAAUCUGUCUCCUCACUAAAGGGGCAGCUGGAGAAUUUCUGCAAGGAGGAAGUCAUGAAGAUAUCUGCAGCAGUGACUGAAAUCCAUGCCAUUCUGACCGAACCGGUGACCAGAGAGGAUUUUUUACAAUACUCCUGUCUCUUCACACUGGAUCCAAACACAGCACACACACGCCUCCAUCUGUCUGAAGGGAACAGGACGGUGGAAGUGAGAGAUGAGCUCCAGUCAUAUCCUGAUCAUCCAGAGCGAUUUGAUAGGUGGUGGAAGGUGCUGUGUAGAGAGGGUGUGUCUGAACGCUGCUACUUGGAGGUUGAGUGGAGUGGGAAGAAGUGGGUUCGUAUAGCAGUCUCAUAUAAAAGCAUUGAUAGAAAAGGACGGGGUAAUGAGAGCAGGUUUGGAGGUAAUGAUCAGUCCUGGAGGCUGGGCCUCUACAGCACCAGCUCCUCUUUCUGGCACAAUAAUAAACAGACUAAACUCCCUCUAGUGACCAGCUCCAGAAUAGGAGUGUAUGUGGAUCACAGGGCAGGAACUCUGGCCUUCUACAGCAUCUCUGACACAAUGACCCUCCUGCACAGAGUCCAGACCAAAUUCACUCACACACUCUACCCUGGGUUUUGGCUUGAGUCUGGAUCAUCAGUGAAGUUGUUGUGUGAUUCAGAGGACCUUAGGAGAAUGGCGGAGGCUACUCCAUAUAACCAGGACCUUUUCACAUGUCCGAUUUGUUUGGACCUACUGAAGGAUCCAGUGACUAUUCUCUGUGGACACAGUUACUGUAUGGGCUGCAUUAAGGGCUGCUGGGAUCAGGAAGAUCAGAAGGGAGUUUACAGCUGCCCCCAGUGCAGACAGACUUUCUCUCCAAGACCCGUUUUAAACAAAAAUAAUAUUGUUGCUGAUCUUCUGGAGCAGAUCAUGAAAACCAGAAUCCAUACUCCUUCUCUUGCUACGGGUUUUGCUGGACCUGGAGAUAUAGAGUGUGACGUCUGCACUGGGAGAAAACUCAAAGCUGUCAAAUCCUGCCUGGAUUGUCUGGUGUCUUACUGUGAAACUCACUUCAAAGCCCACAAUAACUUGACCCCAGGAAGAAAACACUCAGUGAUUGAAGCCACAGGCCAGCUUCAAGAGAGGAUCUGCUCUCGACAUAAGAAGAUUUUUGAAAUAUUUUGUCGAACCGAUCAGAGUUGUAUCUGUUAUCCGUGCCUGAUGGACGAACACAAAGGUCAUGACACAGUCACAGCUGCAGCAGAACGGACUGACAAACAGAAGCAGUGCAGGGAGACCCAGAGUCAAAUCCAGCAGAGAAUCCAGGAGAGAGAGAAGGAGCUGCAGGAGCUGAAGAAGGCUGUGUUGACUCUUAAGAGCUCUGCACAGACAGCAGUGGAGGACAGUGAGAGGAUCUUUACUGAGAUGAUCCGCUCCAUUGAGAGAAGGCGCUCUGAGGUGAAAGAGCUGAUCAGAGCUCAGGAGAAGGCUGAGGUGAGUCGGGCUGAAGGACUCCUGAAGCGACUGGAGCAGGAGAUUGCUGAGCUGAAGAGGAGAGAUGCUGAGCUGGAGCAGCUUUCACACACAGAGGAUCACAUCCAUUUCCUCAAGUCUUUCCAGUCCGUCAGUGACCCAUGUCAGUCUAAAGACUCAUCCUGCAUCUCUGUAAACCAAGGCGUCUCUUUUGAGGCUGUGAAGAAAUCUGUCUCCUCACUAAAGGGGCAGCUGGAGAAUUUCUGCAAGGAGGAAGUCAUGAAGAUAUCUGCAGCAGUGACUGAAGUCCAUGCUAUUCUGACUGAACCGGUGACAAGAGAGGAUUUUUUACAAUUGACUGAAGUCCAUGCUAUUCUGACUGAACCAGUGACGAGAGAGGAUUUUUUACAAUACUCCUGUCACUUCACACUGGAUCCAAACACAGCAUACAGAGACCUCCAUCUGUCUGAGGGGAACAGGAGGGUGGAAGUGAGAACUGAGCCCCAGUCAUAUCCUGAUCAUCCAGAGAGAUUUGAUGGGUGGUUUCAGGUGCUGUGUAGAGAGGGUGUGUCUGGACGCUGCUACUGGGAGGUUGAGUGGAGUGGGGGGUCGGGGGUUGAUAUAUCAGUCUCAUAUAAAAGCAUCAGCAGGAAAGGAGAGGGUAAUGAGAGCAGGUUUGGAUGUAAUGAUCAGUCCUGGAGUCUGGACCUCGACAGCAGCAGCUCCUCUUUCUGGCACAAUAAUAAACAGACUAAACUCCCUCUAGUACGCCGCUCCAGAAUAGGAGUGUAUGUGGAUCACAGGGCAGGAACUCUGGCCUUCUACAGCUUAUCUGACACAAUGACCCUCCUGCACAGAGUCCAGACCACAUUCACUCACACACUCUACCCUGGGUUUGAGCUAUGGCCUGGAUCAUCUGUGAGGCUGUUGUGA